CAUCCGUAACAUGUCCGUUAUUGCCCAUGUCGACCAUGGUAAAUCCACCCUCACUGACUCCUUGGUUGCUGCUGCUGGUAUCAUUGCCCAAGAAGUAGCUGGUGAUGUCCGUAUGACUGAUACCCGUGCUGAUGAGGCUGAACGUGGUAUCACUAUCAAGUCCACGGGUAUCUCUCUCUACUACGAGAUGACUGAUGCUUCCUUGAAGAGCUUCACUGGUGCCAGAGAUGGUAACGAGUACCUUAUCAAUCUCAUCGACUCUCCUGGCCACGUUGACUUCUCCUCUGAGGUCACUGCUGCACUCCGUAUCACCGAUGGUGCCCUUGUGGUGGUCGACUGUAUCGAGGGUGUCUGUGUUCAGACUGAGACUGUGCUACGUCAGGCUCUUGGUGAGAGGAUUAGGCCCGUGCUGACUGUCAACAAGAUGGACAGGUGUUUCCUUGAGCUUCAGGUUGAUGGUGAGGAGGCUUACCAGACUUUCCAGAGGGUCAUUGAGAAUGCCAAUGUCAUCAUGGCUACGUAUGAGGAUCCUCUCAUUGGUGUUGUUCAAGUUUACCCUGAGAAGGGAACU